AUGGCCCUGCGACCGGCCGCGGCGAUCUACCACCGCUUUUGCUUCGACGACUCUGGCUGGGGCCCUCUCUCGGAUCUCUUCACCUCUGCGAUGCUCGGCGAGGCGUCGGAGCUCGAGCGGCUGGUGGCCGACACGGCAUCACCGCCGCUCGACGCGGCCGACGCACAUGGAAGCACCGCGCUGCACCACGCCGCCCUCAGCUCCAGCGUCGCGGCCGUGCUCGUCCUCCUCGAGGCGGGCGCGGACGCCAGCGCUCGCGAUGCAACCGGCGCGACGCCGCUGCACGUCGCGGCGUACAACGGGCGGCUAGAUGCCUGCAAGCUGCUGGUGCUGCACGGCGCGAGCGUGCACGCGCGGGACGAAGGUGGCCACACGCCCCUCUACGACGCCACCUUUGAGGCGAGCAAUCGCGGCGCCUGCCCUUGCGCCGCCGACAGCUCGGAGCUGCAGCGCGGCCGGACGGCCUCCUUCCUGCGGGCGGUGAUGGCGAUGCCUCCCCACGCGGCGCAGGCUCACGUCGCCCGCUCGUGCGAGAUCGCAAUCUCGGCGCGGCUGCAGGACGCCCUCGUCGACGGCGGCGCCGGCGCCUUUGCUCGGCUGCUGAGGCG